AUGUGCCGAAAGCACAAUGUUCCUUGCAUACCGUCCAGUUCCACCAGAGCGGGAGCCAGGACUGCCCGUGAACACGCCCAUCGAAAUUCUGCAUCGUCAUUCUCGAACACUUCCAUUGGCCCCGGAGGAACCUCAGUGCCAGAUGAACAGGCUCUGAGCACCAUAUCAUAUUUCAAGGAGUCACCACAGUUCUCGUUGACAAGCCCGAAUGUUACAUCUUAUGGCGCCGUUCACGAUGUCGAAUUGCCCCCGGCAGCAGUAUGCUUCCACCUGGCCACAUUGUACUUUGACUACAUUCACGAUCAACUGCAUACCCUGUUCCAGAAACCUCAAUUCAUGGCAGAUCUGGCGAUGAACAGAACCUCGCCAGUCAUUGCAUACGCCAUGAUCGCGCUUUCCGCUCGCUUCUCUUCCAACGAUUUGUUCUCAGCCACGAGUCCGCGAGCACGAGGAGUGCCAUAUGCGAGAAAAGCCGCGCAAUUGCUAGACGUGAGCGAAGUCUCGCUGACCUCGAUACAAGUAUGUGUCAUGCUCGGUGCAUGUCGAAUCAUUGAAGGAGAUGCACAAGGUGAGAGCGUGUAUUACGGCAUAGCUUGUCGUAUGGCGCAAUUAUUGGAUCUGCCCCAUCGACAGUGCGAAAGCUUGCUCGAGAAGGAGAUCAAUAUAAGGGCAGACGUACCUCUCCCAAUGGAAGAGAUGGCAUUCUUGCAGCUGCGGCAUGAGAACUCGAUCAACAUGUCUCAGUCCUACUCAAACCCAUCGCUGCUUGGGGAGAUGAUCACUUUGAACCGCAUCUUCAGAGAUGUCAACCAGAUGAACACAUACACCGUCGGUACAUCGCACCUUCCACCAGACACAGAUGCAGUGCAGGCACUGUCAGACAGACUUGAUGAAUGGGAAGCAAUGCUUCCGGUGUACAUGCGCGACGAGCCGGCAAACUUGGCACACUAUGCAGCCCAAGGACUAGGACGCAUCUACGCAGCCGUCUAUCUCGGGUUCUAUCACUACGGCCAACUACUAUACUACCAGUUCCUGCACGGCUCUAACGAGGAAAGCGGCGGGCUCAUCAAUGUCUUUGCGCAAAGAUGCAAGUACCACGCGGCUCGACUUUGCAACAUGGUCUAUUCGGCACUUGACACGCCCGGCUGCGAUGUGCAGUACAACAUGGUUGGCCACGUUCUGGUCAUUGCCUCCACUGUGCAAAUACACACGUUACUCUUCUCAUCAGACCGUACCGAGAUCGACGCAGCACGACAACGUUUGGAACGCAACUUCAACAUUCUGCUCAAGCUCCGAGAGCUUUGGCCUGCAUUGGACCUCUGCAUGAUUCGUCUCCAGGUCUUUCAUAAGGCUUGUCGCACAUCUAUGGAUAAUUCCUUCCAGCUUGAUGGGUGGAUGCUCAAGUUCCUCUCCGAAUUCGGAAAUCCAAUCGACGACAAGCCUGAGAACAAUGACGCCGAAUGGAUCAUUGGUGAUAUUGCAAUCACACCAACAUCGGAUUUUGGCAUCAACACCAUCGCAUCGUUCAUUCGCGAAGACAUGAACACAUGA